AUGGCUACCACCGCUACACCCACCACCGAGACACACUACCGGUCACCACGACGCCCGGCACGUUUCCACUAUAAACCACGACACAACCCUAAAGCACCACCAACACCACCAUCACCCCUUACGUUAAAAUGUGGCUUCUGCAAAGAGUUUAAGGCACUGACAGAGUUUACAGACGAGCAACGUUUAAAGUCAAUAAGGCAUAAAUGUAAUGAAGGAUAA